AUGGCGUCUCGCAACGUGAAGUCGACGCCAUUCGUCGUGGAUUUGCUCGUGCUCGCUGCCGUGUGGCUUGAUCUUGUGCGCAUGAGCUUGUUGCCUGAGAACGACUCAGAAAUCAAGUCGUUUGAUCUGUUUAUGAUCCUCGGGAUCUCCCUCAUCUGGUGUCUCGGUGCGCGGGAUCAAGCAGGCGUAGCGCAUUGCGAAUCAAUUUCUGCAUCACUCGAAAAAGGACCAGGGCAACGCUGUGGCUUAGUAGAAGCUCAUGCUAGUGGCUAUGGAUUACGAGGCGCUUAG